GGCCCCUGCGAGGCCUCAACGUGAUGGUGAUGGGUGCGGGGCCGGCCCACGCCUUGUAUUUUGCCUGCUACGAAAACAUGAAAAGGACUUUAAAUGCCGUUUUCCACCACCAAGGAAACAGCCACCUAGCCAACGGUAUUUUGAAAGCGUUUGUCUGGAAGUUAGAGAGCUCUCUCCUUCAACAGACCCUUCCCCAGGGCUCUCCUCCCUGUGACCCAGCAGCCUGACGCCUCAUCUCCGCCAUGCUUGCUUAUGAAUAAAGAACUCUAGAGUCGUGUGUGCGCACACACCCAGACACAUGCACACACACACACACACACACACACACGCACACGCUUUUUCUGUUCCCCUCCUUCGCUUUCUAAAGCCUGGGGGCAGUCGGUGACAGAGGUGUUUCAGUUUUCAUUGUUGUGUGGGUUUUUCCAUUUUGUUUUGGUUUUUUUUGUUUGUUUUGGUUUGGUUUUUUUUUUUUUUUUUUAAACACGCAAAAGCACUUAAUGAUCAGAUCUAGGAAAAAAAAACCCUGACUAGAAACAAAACUUUUCAAUACUGGAUUCCAAAAAAAAAAAAAAAAAAAGUUAUCUGGACAGCUUCUUUGAGACUAUUUAAAAAACUGGUUCAACAGGUCUCUACAACGUCAAGAUCUAACUAAGCUUUAAAAGGUCAAGAAGUUUUAUGGCUGACAAAGGAUUUGCGGCAGCACAGGCGACCUUUCCCACCUUAAGCUUCUGGGGAUUUGGGAAUUUCACCCCCAUUCUCUUCCGUUGGUCUCAGUGGCAUCUCUGUGGAGGAGGAGUUUUCUUUUGUUGUUUUGAGGGCAAGAGGCGGGCGGGGGCUCGAGUUGGCACGGGGCUCCUACACAGCCGUGUUUUCCCGGGCCCAGCUCAGCGGCUCUUUUCACCUUUCCUGUGGGUUUGGCUUUUGUCGGGUUUCGUUUGGGUGGGGAAGGAGACUGCGGAGAGCAGCCUAAGGUGUACUUUAACAAAAUUCGUGUUUCGACAGUGGACAGGUAGAGUGACCAGCGGCCAACCUUUCCCCUUCUCGUUUUGUUCUACUGAGAGUGCCCCAUCAGCAAACCCUGGGAUAGCUGGGAGUAUGGCCACCCUGCUCCACGAUGCGGUAAUGAAUCCAGCAGAAGUCGUGAAGCAGCGCAUGCAGAUGUACAACUCGCCACACCGGUCGGCCCUCAGCUGCGUCUGGACGGUGUGGAGGACCGAGGGCUUGGGGGCCUUCUACCGGAGCUACACCACUCAGCUGACCAUGAACAUUCCCUUCCAGUCCAUCCACUUCAUCACCUAUGAGUUCCUGCAGGAGCAAGUCAACCCUCACCGGGGCUACAACCCGCAGUCCCACAUCAUCUCAGGUGGGCUGGCCGGGGCCCUCGCCGCAGCCGCCACCACUCCCCUGGACGUCUGCAAGACCCUCCUCAACACGCAGGAGAACAUGGCCCUCAACCUGGCCAACAUCAGCGGCCGGCUGUCGGGCAUGGCCAACGCCUUCCGGAUGGUGUACCAGCUCAAUGGCCUGCCCGGCUACUUCAAGGGCAUGCAGGCCCGCGUCAUCUACCAGAUGCCCUCCACUGCCAUUUCCUGGUCCGUCUAUGAGUUCUUCAAGUACUUCCUCACCAAGCACAAGCUGGAGAAUCGAACUCCAUACUAAAGGAAUGGGCUGUGGGCAGUGGUUCCAGAAUCUUUUAUUUUUAAAAGGCUUUCCCUGCCUGCCUCCGUUCCCUUGUCCUCGCACCGAGGUGAUUUUGGCGGGGUGUUUGCAGGAUGAGUCCUCCGCUCCCCUGAUGCCUUAGAGGGAGGGGACAGCCGCUUACUGGAAGGCCGUCCGCAGGGACAUCCGAGGUGGUAGGUGGGGAAAGACUGGAAGGGAAGGGAGAAAUGGCUUUUUGUCUCCCUUCCUCUGGCAAGAAUGUAGCUUUUCUGCCUCACUGUAGCAGUCUCCUGCCCUAGGCUCACAGUUCGCACGAGAGGGGAGAAAAUGUGCAGUGACUGAAAACAUUAAAGAAAAAAAAGAGAGUUCUGUAUAUAAAAGUUCCAGCACACAGUAUAAAAUAGAUGGAUAAUGUUUAUCCUUUAUUUUUCUACGUAGACGUUUUUGGAUUUGUGUGUGUGCCUGUGUGUGUGUACAGAUAGGUGUUACAGCUGGGACUAUGAAGCUGUUUUUAAAAAAAAUAGAGGGCUGAAGGCUUCCAUCGGGUUAAGUUAAAAAGGCACCGAAGUGGUAAAUUGCUGAAUGCGGCCUAAAAUUGUGCGGAGCCCCCCAGAUGGAAGUUUCACUUGAAUGUAAAAUAAUAAAGUUUAUAUUUUGAA